AUGGCAACAACAAAAUCAGAAACUGCUCAAACAAGCCUUCUCCUUCAACAACAACUUAAAGAUCUGUUGAAGCAUCCAGUGGAAGGUUUCUCUGUGGGUUUAGUAGAUGAAAACAACAUAUAUGAAUGGAGUGUUAAUAUAAUAGGACCAAUGGAUACUCUCUAUGAAUGGGGUUGUUUUAAUGCAAUCAUGAGGUUUCCUGAAGAAUACCCUUUUCGUCCUCCAUCAUUAAAUUUUGUUUCAGAGAUGUGGCAUCCUAAUGUUUAUCCUGAUGGUGAAGUUUGUAUAUCAAUACUUCAUCCUCCUGGUGAAGAUCCUAAUGGCUAUGAACUUGCUAGUGAGAGAUGGUCACCUGUUCAAACUGAGCUUGGAGUGUCCGCCGCUGGUCGAGGUGAGCUUGGAGUGUCCGCCGCUGGUCGAGGAGAGCUUGGAGUGUCAGCCGCUGGUCCAGGAGAGCUUGGAGUGUCCACCGCUGGUCGAGGAGGUUAG